AUGAACAUCUUGACCCCCCAGCGUCUGCAGCGCUUGGCCACGUGGGAACACCUCGGUGACUCCUGGUUUCUUGUCGCCACCGCCACCCUCACCGUGUGCAACCGCCCGCAGGAGAUCCCCCGCCUCUACCACUAUGCGAUGCACACAGCGGCAGCCGCCGCCUCCCCGGCCCCCCAACCGCCGGACCUCGACGCAAUCCUCGCCAAGUUCGCCGACAUCCGGGCCACGGGCGCGGACCCCGCCUUCGACCCCUACGCGGCCGCCGCCGCCCCAGCCCGCCGCCGCCGCCUAGUCCUCACCGAGAAGCUCCGCGAAAGCAUCCUCAAGACCGCCGCCCUCUCGGGACUCCCACGGGCCAUCAACGCGCUAACGCUGCUCCGCGACUGCACCCCCGCCAGCCUGCGCCAGCAGUGCGCUGCCGGCGGCACCAAGCGCCCGCCCGUGGCCUCCUGGGCAGACUACGUGGCCGAGCAGCAGCGCGGAAAGGCGUACUGGGACCGCGUGUACACCAAGAUCAGCACCCGCGUGGCCGGCCAGCUCGAGAGCGCGUACCCGGACCUCUGGACCUACACGUUGCAGCACGUCUACGCGCCGCUGCUCUCGUACACGGACGUGCUAUCUGCGGAAGAGACGGCGCUUGUGGUCGUCGCGUCGCUCGUGCCGCAGGACGUGAACCCGCAGCUCAAGGGCCACCUGCGUGGAGCAGUGAACGGCGGCGUGGCGUCUAGUGUUCGUGUCUCUGCCGUUCCAAUGUCUGACCUCCAGGGCUUGAACAUCAACAAUAGCAACAGCAACAGCAGCAGCAGCAGCAGCAGCAGCAACAAGGACCGUGCCAUCAAAGACAGCUCCUCCGACCUCGGCAGCACGUUCAUACACGGCAACAGCAACAUGGACCCGAGCAGCUCCAACGACGACACGCCCAUGGCGCUCUUGGAGCAGCUUGUCUACAUCGACAACUUCUUCCAGCAGUCCGACUCGCCCAACGUGCAGGGCAGCGACAACUUCGACGACCAGCUCCAGCGGGAGUUGGCGGCGUUCGCAAACGACACCUUCAUCUUCCCCGACGAGGACAAGCCGAAGCAGGCCUCCUCGAACGGCGAGGGCAGCAGCGGCAACAAGGCCGGUGCCAAGAACCCGCCCGCCGGCAACGGCGGCAACAGCGACAACCUGCUCUCCUUUGCACAGGCCUCCUUCGAGCAGAUCUCCCCCGCAGACAUGUCCUCCGUCUCGAGCCCGAUCCCGCCCACACACUACCAGAACUUGUCCCAGCGCUACAACAACUCCAAGCAGAAGUUCACCUACCAAGAGUCGAUGAGCCAGCACAUGACCACCAUCCCCUCGACGAUCCACGAGCUCUUGGGCAGCGGCAACGCCGCUGCAUCAACGUCCCCGGCUAACCUCAGUGCCGCCAGCAACGCCGCCAGCGCCAACCCGCCCCCCACCACAAUCAACCCGGCCGCCAGCUCCAGCAGAAGCAACAACAACAGCAACGCCUCUGACCUCUUUGACAACCCCCGGGCCAGGCACCACGCCACAAACUCCACCAGUACCUCGAGCACCAACCCGCUCGACGCCGGCGAGGCAAGAAAGGUCCAGGUCCCACAGGGCGCCCAGAACACGCUUGCCGCCGCAGGCCUCUCGCAGACCCAGAUCGAUGCUCUCGCCAGCUUGGUUGCCUUCCACAAGUCCGAUAGCCUGGGCAAAGCACAGGCCUCUUCGGGCGCCUCUGGACAGUUCCCUCCUUUCAACUUGCAAUCCUCUCAGCCUUCAACACCUCAAAACUUCCAGUUAUUGCAAGAGCUGAGCAACCAGCAGCGACAGCAGCAACCUCAGCAGCCUCAGCAGCCUCAACAGGCACCCAGCAACAACAGCAACAACGUCAACAAUCUCUUGGUCGGUCUUCUAACCCAGUCCUUAGUAAACAACGUUGGAUCUCCACAACAGCAACCCCAGCAGCAGCAGCAACAACCCCAGAAUAACCUGGCGUCCUCUCUCUUGUCCCUGUUGGCCGGAAACGCUUUUGACAAUGGCAACCAAGGAAACGUGUUAAACCUCUUGUUGCAGCUUCAACAGCAGCAGCAGCAACAGCAGCAGCAGCAGCAGGCUUUGAACUUGCAGUCGAUACUGUCCAACCAAAUCCAAGGCGGUGGUCUCUCCACGUUGAGCAAUACCCCUAAUUCAACCCAAUUGACAGGUUCGGCAGGAUCGCCCACUCUAGCUGCCGGUUCAAAUAACAAAAAACAAACCCUCACAUUCAAGAACUCGCUCCUGGAUAUGAGCAAAUCGACUUCGGAACCGGUAGUGAGGAAAAGUACGUCUUCAUUCAACUCUAUCCCCGCUAACACGAAAAACACUUCCUCGAUCAGCCAUGCUCCAGGGUCGAGCUCAAGCUCUCUUCAAGCAGCAGCAUCGGCCAUUGCUGCAGAGAGGAAAGAGGGUUCUUCGAAAGCCGCAGAACCAUCAUCGGGGAAUUCAAGCGCAACAAGCUCUCAUGCUGCUGGUUCAGGUGAUAGCGCUCGUACCGCAAAGGGGACUGCUUCUGUUCGGUUCAGGCAAAAGAAGAAACUCAAAGAACAGGAGAUGGAAAAGAACCUUCAAGAGGCAAAGGAGGUGGCAGACGCCUUGCAGGCCCGUAUCCAGCAGUUAGAGAUGGAAAACAGAUUGCUUCGGGAUUUGGUUGUCGAAAAGAGCCAUCAGCGUGAUAGCGAAGAGGUCGAGCGGCUAAGAAAGAAAGCCAGGUUGCAGGUAAAGGCAUGGUUCUGUACAGUAGUGUCAGCGUUCGGUGUUGUUAUCUUGUCUGUGAUUGCAGGACUCUUUUACGCAAACCAUGAGACAAUGAUGGGCUCAAUCACUUCUCCAAGCGAUGGAAAAGGUGUGGCGAAGACCAUACUAGGAGCCAUUGUUUUGUACCUUGCCUUCUUGGCAUUCUGCGGAUGUCAAAUUUUGACCAAGAGCGGUAAAAUGUUGAGAGCCGCAAACAGGAGAUGUUCGUUCAAGUUUGCGUCCGUUGCUGCUCAACAGCUGAGACUGGUAAGAUGGCAGACCACCACUUCCGGAGUCCUGGGCACGAAUAGAUUCACGCAAACCCCAAGAGCGCUUAACUCACAAAACAUAUAUGGUUCAGCAAAUGAAUCAUCAACAAUAAAAUCGACUGCACUGUCGGUGACAGAUCCUUAUAUCGUAUACAAACACCUCGUUAAUUCAAAAGAGAUCGAGCCUGACCCACAUCAGUUGGCGUCUAUCAAAAAGUUACGUGCUCUCUCAGAGAGUUUACAAUCUUACAAGCCUCAACUUACUUCUGUAAAAAUUAACCGGCUGGUUAGAGAGCUUGAAAUAAGGUACAAUCAGCAGAAGCAGGAUGGUAAGGGGGUUCUGUUUGGAUAUACCGUCGGGUGGUUUCGUGAACGUGAAAACACUAAACUAAGAACAGAACUAGUUAAAGUUUUGAAUGAUUACGAAGAGUUAACAUCUCCUGAGAUGAAGGAUAUCCCUAAGGGGUUACUAAUCAAUGGUGAAGUCGGUUGUGGCAAGACGAUGUUGAUGGAUAUCUUUGCAGAUUCAUUACCUAUCCAGGGUAAAUGGAGAAUUCAUUGGGGUGUGUUCAUCCAAUGGGUUAUGAAGGAAAUAGAGAGUAUCUCGUCAAGGAAAAGAGAUCGAUUUAUGCAAGCUAACCAUCCGCUAUUGAAUUAUGAGAAUGAAUUUGUUUUAUUUGAAGUAGCAGCAAGAAUGAUUGAAAAAUGCCAUGUUCUGAUUCUUGAUGAAUUCAUGCUACCCGAUAUCGCAUCUGCAAAAAUUGUCAAUGUACUAUUUGUCUACUAUUUCAAACUUGGUGGGGUGUUAGUUGCAAGUAGUAACAGAUUGCCGGAAGAACUGUACUCUGGAUCUAUCAAUAAAUCAACUAUGGGCAGCUUUGAGCAAAUACUUAGGGCCAGAUGCGAUGUCUGGGAUAUGCAAAGUGAAAUUGAUUAUCGUACUAAUUUGAAAGAAGAUGAUAUUGCUGAUGAAAAAUGGAUGGUUCUCAAAAGUGAUGAAAAUCAUCAUGAGGUUUGGAAAAAUUUAGUUGAAAAGUUCAUUGAUCUACAAAACUGCGAAACUAAUGCCAAGGGCUUCACAAGUUACGGUAGGGAUAUCAUCAUUCCUAAAUUGAGUGAUGGGGUAGCCUAUUUUGAGUUUGAUGAUGUUGUUAGGGAUUCAGCCUAUGGCCCCGGGGACUUCAUUUCCAUUGCAACCAAAUAUCCAACAAUAAUUAUCGAUAAUGUUCCGAUUCUGUCAAUCAAGAUGAAAAAUCACGCACGUCGUUUGAUUACAUUUAUUGACGCCAUCUAUGAUUCUAGGUGUAAGUUGGUCAUCAAACUUGAGACAGAUCCAGUUCAUCUAUUUUUUCCUGAUAUUCGUGAUAAUACUCCAACAAGGUUCAAGUGUACACCUUUAGAGGAUGGCCCAAAUCCCGUCUGCUUGAGUGAAGCUCUUAAAUACAAAAAUGAUUCUGUCACAACUACAGAAGAUGUUCAAAACAUUGAAAUGUUUGCAAAGACAGAAAUGGAUCUAUCUAAUCCUUAUAGACCAAACUUUGCCACGUAUGAGGAUGACAACAAGGCAUACGACAUUGACAAAGGUGAAGAAGGCAUGAAGAAAAAUUUCACUGAUAUGAAAAAAUUCACCGGAGAAGAUGAAAUGUUUGCAUAUAAAAGAGCCGUUAGCAGAAUCAAUGAGAUGACCCAUUCCAUAAGGUGGAGACAUACUAAAUGGAUUCCAUUACAUGAUAGUAUCAAGCCAUGGGAGAGCGUGAAUGGUGCUGCUGAAAAGGAAGUUGAAAAUCAGCAACAAGAAUCAGUGUUAAUUCAGCCCAAAAAUUCGGAACCCGAUAAGGAGAAAGAAGUGGCUCAGAAAAGUGGUGCUGUUUCACAAAGAACAGACGCCCCUGAGUUCAAGGAUUACAAUUUCUGGUCGAUGGGGAAUUGGAAGAACAAAAAGGACAAAUUGCAAGAUGAGAUUGCAAGAAGGUGGAUCCAGGGUAUUGGCAAUUCUAAGAAGUAA